AGGUCCACAGUCGUACGAUCUUUUGACUCAAAGAAGCCAGUACAGCUUCUUAUUUACAACAGUUAAUAUUUCUACUGCAGACAGCCAAAGUUGUAGUUGCUGGCUCUCUUAAUGAGACACAAGCAGUGAGUGUGAAGAUCCACGGGCACGACCAAAAAAUUAUUUUUUAGCUUCAUCGAAUUUUGAAAGCGGCUUUUCCCGUACCAUUAAAGCAAAACUCAAAAUUACUAAGACUCUUCUAAACCUUGACACGGCUCUCAAGUUUACCGGAAAAACAAAAAGUGCUACCUGAACUCCUGCCUUGCCGAAGAAAAUGAGACUUUUUCAAACCGCCGCCUCCUCUGCCACGCUGGCGUCCGCGGUUUCCUUGGGUCCGGUAUUGGGAACGGUCGAUGGAACAAAUGGAGAUCGUAGGGGCCGCACUUCUGGUGGUACGCCCAUGUUGGAGCGGCUCCGGGGACGCGUUGGGGCGGGUGGUGGACCGAGUUCAUCUACUUCAGGAACAACUAUUGGAGAACUACCAGGCUCGAAAACGCAGAAGACGCAUGAUCUCUCCGGCGAAGAUGCCGAUCGUGGUACAACUUCUUCUACGCACGACAACGACGUGACGCGAAAGGACCACAAGGAGAAGAUUACGACCGGGAAGAUGACCAUUUCCGACGACGACGAGGACCCUCCACGACCUGAAACAAGCGAAGAAGCUUAUUUUCUGGAAAAAUCGCAAUCGCAAACUACAACGACCCAAGAAAAAGUGAAAGCGCAAAAACUGAAGCGAAAAAACCGAUCCUGCGUGUACACCACGGGGUAUUACGGCGAAAAAAGCUCGGACAGCCCCAUGCGCACAGACGUGUACUCGACCAAGAACGAGAUUUUGCACACAGAAGAGCGAAUCAACCCCACGACCCGGGUUUUGGUCGUCGUUCCCGACGUUGAUGAUUCCGGGAAGAAAAACGCGAAGGAGUUGUGUGAGCACUGGGCUAACAAGUGGGAGGAUGAGGAGGAUGAAGUGGUGAAUUACGAGGUCGUUGUCCCGUGGUUCCGGAGCGAAAGAGAGGGGAAAACAAGCUCUGAUGUUCCAUACCAAGUGCUGUACUGGGACGGAACCGACAACGAGCAGGCUCUGCUGGGGAAGCCGAGCUACGAUUUCGAUGGGUACGAAGUGGACACCAGCUACAAAAUUUUCGACAAGAUUUAUGGACCCGUCAGGAUUGAAAUCGUCAACGUUGAAAUGAUUUCUCGUGCAUAAAAUGCAAGGCAUGAAGUGCCUGUCUUGCCGGGAUGGCAAAUGAGGCAGAUUGUGAGCCCAUUUAGGGUUUGGGUUAGAGCUGCUAGAGGAGCAUGACAAAAGCAGUAUUCUGUGCCCAAACAGCAUGAGAAAUUGGAUUCCAGGGCUCCUAAAAUUUGUCAUGCGCCGCUUGAAAAUUGGGCUUCCAAGUGGUUGUGGUAUCCAUUUUAUGUUGCAUGACAGAUCAUUUGUUCAACGUUGUCGAUUUCAACCCUGACGCUUCCAUAAGAUUCUCAAUCCUCUCGCCGCCUCCGUGCAGAAGCAAAUCGUUGUCGCCGGGUUCGGAAACCGCGCCGCCAGUUUCGUCCAGGGCUGGGCGUUGGUCAGCAAGAUGAAGGAGUAUCCACAGUAAAUUUCCCGUACACGUACAAGUGCGGUCUGUGCAUGACAAAACUUGGCUUCGAUCCUAGUUUACCAUGACAGGUUUUGCGCUCCUAAUUGGCGAAAUUUGUGAUGCACCUUGUACAUGUACGGGAAAUUUGUGUGCAUAAGGAGGUUCCUGCCGACAAGGAUUUCCGGGUGCAGGUGGUGUUCGGGGGCGCCGAUCGGUAUCUCUUCUUGGACAAUCUGCGGUCGACCGAAAAUUGGAAAAUGAACCGCUGCCUCGGUGGCGGUCGGGGCGCGGGAUGCAAGUCGCCGGACGUGGAGUCGGGAGCGACGAGGGGGGAGCCCGGGUGGUCGCUGGAAACGGAUGACCAGUUACCGGCGGGCCUGAAAAUGUGGUACGACGCCGAGCCGCAACAACCUCUGUUGGGCCAUAUCAAAUGCAAAAAUGUCUGGGUCUGGAAGGUCCGAGAUUGUCAUGCAGUUUUUCCAAGCUCCGCCGAGCCUGGAAUGCAGAGCCUAGCAUCACAGGUUCUGCAGCCCCUUGGUGAUGCCUAUUGUUCCGCAUGAGAAAUGACCUCGCAGCAUGGCCAGAAAUGAACACCUUUCGCAACUCAAGCUACACAGAUUUUUGUAUGAUCCGCAACACGCAUCACAAGUUGCAAUCUUCCAGACCCAGACACUUUUGCAAUCCAUAGGCCAGCCGGAAGUGACAUUCCCGAUCUACGAGCUGCCUGACCCAGGCGUGACCGCUGGCUAUGUGAGCUACACAAGUACAACUGAUCGUGGAACAAAUGAAGACACCGACGACAGCACCACUCCCCCGGCUUUCUACUACCCGGUCGCCUUUUUUGAAGGGUACGACGACCCGGAAGCGCUGAUGGAGUUUUACGAAUACAGCGUUAUGGCCGGAAACCAGCAGUACGCAGUGGAGUCAACGGAAGAAACGCCAAAAACCCAGCUCGACGACGUUUCCGCGCACAUGCGGACCACCGUUUUUCCGAAAUUUCAGUUCCACAUCGCGAUCAACGAGGGGGAUCGGUGCACCUGCUUGGGGAAAAACGAAAACCCAGACAUGAAAAAACUUUACAAAAAAUCGGUUUUUUCCCCGUUUGCGGAACAGUUCCACGCGAGCAACUACUGCGGAAAGAAGAACAACUCCGAGGGGGACAAGGAUUUGCCCGCGGAGAAUUUUUGCACAAACAAAAAAAUCGAGGGCGCAACAGUGGAUGUCGACCGGUUGGCAGUGGCGCAAGGCUUCACCAGGUUUCAGCGGUCCUGGAAUUUUUACUACUGGAUGCAACUGCACUCCGGCGUUCGGUAUUUGGAAGAGGGUACCUUCGCCCAGAUCCGAAGUUACGAACAGUCCAGCAAAAACAACCAGGUGAGCAACGAUGACAUUUACCAAAACAACGACUUCUCCCGUGCCCUGAUCCAAGCUCACUAUUGCCGGGAGUGCCAGCACGUCGGGUCCCGCGCGGGGAAAAACGAGCUGACCAUCGUGAAGCAGUUGCUGGUACAAAACAAGUUCCAAUCCAAUCUGCCGGAAAAGGUGGAAGCGGGGUCAUCUACCUCGCCCGCACGGAGUCGGAACAAAUUCGCGGGGCACUACGCCCGGAAGCUGGAAAACGUGCGGGUGGGAAACAAAGCGGGUAUCAACUGCAAAUAUGUCUGGGUCUGGAAGGUUGUAACUUGUGACGCUGUUUUCGGAUUCGAAAAAAAUCUGUAUUGCAUGAGCGGCAAGUAGAGGAGUGCAGUUUGUUCUACACGGACGAGAGGGUGUGGGUGGCAUUUCACAUGCAGAAUAAUCAUCCGGAAGCCCUCUAAAGAUCUGUGAUGCUAGGCCAUGCAUUACAGGCAUCAGGGGUCAUGCAGAAUCUGCAUGACAAAGCUGGCUUUCUUCCAGACCCAGACUACAUAUUUGUAAUGCAUAGCGGGCGUGGAAGAGCAAAAGGACCGGGUGAACAUGUUAAUUCAAAACGCGGACAUGGUGCAGAAGCAAACGGAAUUUUUUGACACCAAGGUCAAGACGCUUGGAGGCGGAGCUGAAACAAGUACGUGAAAUCUGAUGAAGCAAGAAGAAGAACAGCGGUUUAUUGCUCCAAACUCAACCUCGAUGAACAUCAAGAUCCCGAUGCCGAUCAAGUCUGCAGGAUAAUUUUUUCUCAACAGGACACAAUCUUCAUGAACCUACUUCUUUGACUUUCAAAUCCAUUUUCCUGCUUAAUACCCCCCCCAACAAGUUCAAACUUAACCACUUACACACACUUAAUAGUUAUGCGCAUUGAAGAAUCCUCGUAGAUGUUGCCUAUUCAUCCCCAAGCCUAUUACAUGGUACGAAAGCACCAGGCAUGAAUUGUACCUGUAAUCCAAGAGAAGUAGUAGCCCCUCGAACAGCAGGCGGAGCCGGAGCCACCGUAUGCAUGCCAGGUGGGACUACUACUUUUAUGUCCAUACUCCCCAGCACGGCCCACCAACUUCUUGAAGUUUCUCUUUAAACCUACUCAGCCGAACGCCCAACAGCCAGAAUAUUUUAAUUUUUAUCCUAAUCGUUUUUUCCAUUGGUAUCCCCUCAUCGCACCCAAACAGACACGCCCUCCCCCCGGAUUAGUUGUUCCCUCCUCGCUCGAUCGACUCACUUUGGCGCCGAUGCUAAAGACCUCCA